AUGUGAACUGUAAACAAAAAAGUGUUGAUGUGGACGUAAAAAUUCUAAGUUUCUAAAAUCUAGAGUCGCAAAAAAGUAGCCUUUAAGUGGCCAAAACAUUCCAUCGCAGCGAACAACACAAUGGAGGACACCGGCAAAGAUGAUUACAUUCAGAAGAGACUAAACAAAAUACUGGAAACGCGCAUCGAGUCGGACCGUGAAACCCUCGAUGCACUGACGGAUUUAUCGGAAUUCUACACGGAAAACUCAAUUCAAUCCCGGCGAAAUCUUCGCAGUCAAAUCGAACGAAGAAGUUUGGCGAUUAAUGAGAACUUCCUGGCUGCGUUUCGCGAGGUCAAGCAAGCGCUGGAUGGCAUUUGCGAAGACAUCGACGCCAUCAGCAGCUCGGUCGAAGGCAUGAAGGCUCAGCUGAGCAACACCGAAGCCCAGCAGAAGCAUUUGAUUCAGCAGGCAAGUUCUCUGCAAACCGACCACGACAAGCUGCUGUUGCAGCAGAAAAUCGCUUCCGGUUUUCUGUCCCGCUUUCAGCUGUCGGUAGCCGAACACCAGACGCUCUAUGGAGUGACUCGAGACGAACCGAUAACGGAGGAAUUUUUCACCGUUCUCGAUCACGUUCAGACGAUUCAUUCGGAUUGUAAAACCCUUCUGCAGAGUGGUUACCAGACGGCGGCGUUGGACAUUAUGGAGGAAAUGACUUUGCAUCAGGAAGCAGCUCUGGAGCGAUUAUAUCGGUGGACUCAAAGCCAUUGCCGAAAUGUGGAUACCAAUGAGAUUGGCCACUUGUUGACGCAAGCUAUGGCUCGUCUACAGGAGCGGCCAGUUCUGUUCAAGUACGUCAUCGAUGAAUAUUCGACCGCCAGAAGAUCGGUCGUGGUUAGAAGCUUUAUCGAUGCAUUAACGGUCGGGGAGGCACACGUAAAACCGAUAGAAAUGUUGGCGCAUGAUCCGAAGCGCUACAUCGGAGAUAUGCUCGCCUAUAUUCAUCAAAUUUUACCAGUUGAGCGUGAGAAUUUGCUUGCCUUGGUCAAGAAGUGCGAUAAAGAUGUCACCGAGCAAACGCAGCUGGCAAUGACCAACAUUUCCGAUGGCGUUUGCCAUCCGCUGAAAGUACGCGUGGAAAUGAUUCUAAACAGUGAAAAGGACACGAUUGUUUUGUACUCUAUUUCAAACUUGAUUCGUUUCUACCAAAAUAUUAUUUCAAAUGUCGUCAAAGGUGGACAGUUGGAACAGUGCAUCGCGGAGCUAUUGGCACACUCCGAAACGUCCUAUUUAAACUCGUUGGCUUAUCAGGUUAAACAACUGCUGCAGGGCCCUAGCGAGCACAAACUGGGCCUUGAACCGCCACAAACCGAUCUUGUUCCGUCACCCAGCGUCGGUCGGUUGCUAAAUCUACUGAAAGAAAUUCUUUCCGUCGCCAGUAUGGUCGAAGGAAGCCAGUCGGACAUCUUGAAAAUCGUUUCCUGCGUAAUCGAUCCCUUGCUGCAGUCCAUCCAGGAGUCGGCGUCCCAUCUGCCCACCACAGAUAUGGCCGUUUAUCUUCUCAAUUCACUGUAUCAAAUCGAAAGUGUGUUGACGAUUUACGAAUACAUGGAAGAUCGGUUGGAGCGCCUGCAGGCGCAGUCUGAUGCUCAGAUUGAUACUUUGACCUCGGAGCAGGCCUCAUCGUUGGUGGCAAAUCUUAAUUUGGGUCCAAUCUACACCGUACUGCAAAGCAACGUUUCCCAAAUCGAGCAGCGACAUCUUCAGCUGUUUAUGUCAAAGUUGGACAGUUUUCUGGAGAUGCCGGAGAUUUUGCUGCUGCCGCAAGUUAACCUGCUGUUGAGCGGCAAUCAUCGCUCAACGGUACAGAAGCGUUCGUUCAACGUAAUCGUGGCUAUCUAUAAGCAAAUUUACGAGCGCAUUCACGAUCCUAGCAGCGGCUACGAGAAUCCUGAAGCGGUACUUUCAAAAACUCCCGAACAAGUAACGGAACUGCUGUGUGGUUGAGUGUUAAAUGUUUUAUGCAACAAAAUAUAUACGAGCCUGGCUCGUGGUAACUG